AGUGAAGAAAGUAUUUACAGUAAUAAAUUAUUACUACUUAACUGUUUCUUAUUUAUGCAGGAGUUAUCACAGGGUCAUCUCAUAAUGAUUCCAGUUGAAAUAGAAUAUUUAGUUGGAUUUUCUUAGUCGAAGGUAUAAAACUUAGGGGAUUGUACUAAGAAAUAUAGACAUGAAUUACUUUGUGGGUGUUGAUGUAGGUACAGGAAGUGCUAGAGCUGCUUUGGUAUCUUCCAAAGGAAAGAUAGUAAAACUAACAACAUGCCCACUGGAAAUUUUUCACCCUAUUUCUAAUUUUUAUGAACAAUCAUCUGAUAAUAUUUGGAGUGCAGUCUGUCAUGUCGUAAAGUCAGUUGUGGCUGAUAUUUCUGCAGAUAAUGUAAAAGGAAUUGGCUUUGAUGCUACUUGUUCAUUGGUAGCAAUUGAUAAAACAGGAUCACCAGUUACAGUUAGUCCAACAGGUGAAGAUAAACAGAAUGUCAUAUUAUGGAUGGACCACAGAGCACAGGAAGAAGCUGAGUUUAUAAAUGCACAAGGUCACAAAAUGCUGGAUUACGUAGGUGGAAAAAUAUCAUUGGAGAUGCAGACUCCUAAAAUGUUGUGGCUCAAAAAAAAUCUGUCUUCAUCUUGGAAUCGUGCAACACUGCUAUUUGAUCUGCCUGAUUUCUUGACGUGGAAAGCAACAGGUUCUGAAUCAAGAUCUCUAUGCUCCUUAGUAUGUAAGUGGAACUAUAGUGCUGGUCCCGAUAAUAACAAUAAAUGGAAUGAGGAAUUCUUUGAACAAAUUCACUUAUUAGAAGAUCUGAAGAAAGAUAACUGGAGGAAAAUAGGUAAUGAUGUGAGGACUCCGGGCGAUCCGAUUGACCAAGGAUUGUCGGCAAAAGCUGCAUCUGAAUUGGGGCUCCUAAAGGGCACACCUGUUGGAACUUCUCUCAUUGAUGCACAUGCUGGAGGGCUUGGUAUGAUAGGCUGUUCUGUACCUGGCGUGUCGUAUGAUUUACAAAGUAGAUUAGCAUUGAUUUGUGGCACCUCAACAUGCCAUAUGAUAGUUAAUGAGAAGAAACUUUUUUCAACUGGUGUUUGGGGACCAUUUUUCAGUGCCAUGGUUCCAGGAUUGUGGUUGAAUGAAGGAGGACAAAGUGCAAGUGGAAAGUUACUCGAUCAUAUAAUUGAUACUCAUCCUGCAACACCAGGGAUUUUGAAGAGUUUAAGUGGAAAUAAACACAUACAACAAUAUUUAUCCGAAUUAUUGCAAAAAAUGGCUGAUCAAAAAGGUUUAAAAAAUGUCUCGUACUUAACAAAAGAUAUCCAUGUGUGGCCUGAUUUUCACGGAAAUCGAUCUCCCUUGGCUGAUCCAACACUUAAAGGAAUGAUAUCAGGGCUUACUUUAGCAGUCGAUCAAGCGAAUUUGGCAUUAUUAUAUUUGGCAACAGUACAAGCUUUGACGUACGGUACAAAGUAUAUUUUGAACACACUAGAAGCUGCUGGCCAUAGAAUAGACACUUUAUUAGUUUGCGGAGGUUUAAGUCAGAAUCCAUUAUUUAUUCAAAUACAAGCGGAUGUAUUAGAUUUACCCGUAUUAUGUCCAAUUGAAAAAGAAUCGGUACUAAUAGGGGCUGCGAUUCUCGGAUCUUACGCAGCACGAACAUUCAGUACAAUAUACGAUGCUAUUAAAACAAUGGGAGGAUCUGCAAACAUUGUUGAACCUAAAAGUGAAACCUACAAAUAUCAUCUUCAAAAAUAUCGGGUUUUUCGGAGAAUGGUACAAGAUCAGAAAGAUUAUAAAGAAAUUAUGAAUGAUGAAUUUUUGUAA